AUGCAGGAUGGUGGCAAAGGGUUUGAAACGCUGAAAUUCGAAGCGACCCCUUUCAUGCCACGCCCUGCCUCAGAAAGUCUCGCUUCGACCCUCCAAUACAUAUAUGGUAUAGGAAGCGAAGAUGUGGUGCUGAUAGCGAGCCCGAACCAUGUCGAUUAUCCGGUGGUCAUUUGGGCAGUUCAUCAGAUCGGCGGAAUUGUGACGUGCACUAACCCGCAAUUUACGGCUGAGGAGCUGAGCUAUCAGAUUGGGAUCUGCAAACCAAGUCUAAUCGUCGUUCAUUCCGGUAAUUUAAAAGCUAUGCUGAUUGCCUCGAGCAUGGCUGGCCUGGCUUCGAAUGGGAGGGUCGUCCUAAUGGACGAUGCCGAGCCCUUCGAGUGUGAUAACCGGACAGCACCCCCCAUUUUCCCUACCCUCUCGGGCUUGGUGCACGAGGGCGCAGCGCGUUCAGCCCCGCUGGUCCCCUAUACCAUGCAGCAGGGGGAGGCGAAGGAUAAGGUUGCGUUCUUUUGCUGGUCAUCGGGCACUACGGGCAACCCCAAGGCCGUGGCGAUCUCCCACUACGCAAUAAUGUGUAAUAUCAUCCAGAUGGCGGUCCACAAUGGCCUCCGAGGCCAUCCUGACCAGAUGGGAUCCCCGCGUUCGUGGCACCCUGGGGAUAUUGCCUUAGGAGAUGUCGCUGGUCUCGUUAUAGCACUUCAUCUUUCACUCUUCUCUGCGAUGUCUGUCGUCGUCAUCCCAAAGUACGAGCUACGGUCGAUGGUCGCUUCCAUCCAGCAGUAUUCCAUUUCCCAUCUGUUGCUCGUACCACCUCAAGCUAUCGCCUUGUCCAAGCACUCCUUCCUAUCCGAUCGGAGUGUCGACUCCCAUGUCAAAUACAUUCUCAUCGGAGCCGCUCCCGUCUCGCCUCAUGUUCAGCAAUCAUUGGUCAAGCUUUUCCCUCGUGCCCAGAUCGGUCAAGCUUAUGGACUUACCGAAAUGACAACGACUGUGGCUUUGGUCUCGUCCUGCCAACGGAGAGGUCCUUUAGGAAGUAUCAAAGCUCGUGUCCUCAAGUCGGAUGGGCGCCUCGCAGCCCACGGUGAAAGAGGAGAGCUUUUCGUUAAAGGUCCUUCUAACGCACUUUGUUAUUACAAAAACCCAAGAGCGACUCGAGAAACCUUCUUCGAUGGAUGGGUUCGAACCGGAGAUGAAGUUGCCAUUUCGGAGGACAACGAGGUGUAUGUGUAUGAUAGAGUGAAGGUCGCCCCUGCGGAGUUGGAAGGAUGUCUACUGGGGCAUCCUUUUGUGGACGAUGCGUGUGUUGUGGGUGUUCCCCAUCCACUCAUGGGAGAAAUCCCACUGGCAUACGUCGUACCCUCUCCCAGUAUAGCAGACUGGACAAACGACGACCAGUUUUACAGCACGAUAUCUGAGGACAUCUCUAAGUACGUCGCCACUCGAAAAGCCGGUUACAAGCAUCUCCGUGGUGGCAUUCGGUUCAUCGAGUCAAUACCCGUCCGUGACGCCGUGAUGGGCCUUCCAGAAAAGUCCAAGUGGGAAGAUUCUGAGAAGAAUAUUGAAGGACAGAGUCAAUUCCAACCUACAAAUGGAGUCAGACAAAUUCGCGUCUCCGCUGUAAUGAUGCUGACCUUGGUUCCUUCAUGA